UGCAUGGUGUCGGACUUCUUCUACCCCAACAUGGGGGGCGUGGAGAGCCACGUCUACCAGCUGUCGCAAUGCCUCAUCGAGCGGGGCCACAAGGUCUUGGUGGUCACCCAUGCCUACGGCCGCCGGAAGGGCAUCCGCUACCUCACCAACGGGCUGAAAGUGUACUACUUGCCCCUGAAGGUAAUGUACAACCAGUCCACGGCGACGACGCUCUUCCACAGCCUGCCCCUGCUCAGGUACAUUUUUGUGCGGGAGAGGGUCACCCUCGUCCAUGCCCACAGCUCCUUCUCCGCCAUGGCCCAUGACGCCCUCUUCCACGCCAAGACCAUGGGGCUGCGGACAGUGUUCACAGACCACUCCCUCUUUGGGUUUGCGGACGUCAGCUCGGUGCUUACCAACAAACUUCUGACAGUGUCCCUGUGCGAUACGAACCACAUCAUCUGUGUCUCCUACACAAGUAAGGAAAACACGGUGCUGCGAGCAGCUUUGGACCCUCGGAUAGUCUCCGUCAUCCCCAAUGCUGUUGAUCCCACCGACUUCACUCCAGACUCAUCAAGGAGGGAUGACAGUACAAUAACAAUUGUUGUCGUCAGCAGACUUGUUUACAGAAAAGGUAUAGAUUUGCUUAGUGGUAUAAUUCCUGAGCUCUGUCAGAAAUAUCCAGAGUUACAUUUCUUAGUUGGAGGAGAAGGACCAAAACGAAUCAUACUGGAAGAAGUCCGGGAAAGAUACCAGCUACAUGACAGGGUACGUCUCCUAGGAGCCUUGGAACACCAGGAUGUUAGAAACGUUCUAGUCCAGGGGCACAUUUUUCUCAACACUUCCCUCACUGAAGCCUUUUGUAUGGCAAUUGUGGAAGCAGCAAGCUGUGGUUUACAGGUGGUGAGUACAAGAGUUGGUGGGAUUCCUGAGGUGCUUCCAGAAAAUCUCAUUAUUUUAUGUGAACCCUCCGUGAAAUCUCUGUGUGAUGGAUUAGAAAAAGCUAUUGCCCAGCUCAGAUCAGGAACACUACCAUCUCCAGAAACUGUUCAUAAUAAAGUAAAGACAUUUUAUACAUGGAGGAAUGUAGCAGAGAGAACUGAGAAAGUGUAUGACCGGGUUGCAGAUGAAGUGGUUUUACCAAUGGAUGAGCGGCUUAGCAGACUAAUGUCUCACUGUGGCCCAGUGACUGGGUAUAUUUUUGCUCUUUUUGCUGUUCUGAACUUCCUUUUCCUGGCAUUUCUGAGGUGGAUGACUCCAGAUUCCGUUAUUGAUGUUGCAAUAGAUGCGACAGGACCUAAAGGUGCAUGGACUAAACAGUAUUGUUUGGGGAAAAAAGGAAGGGUUAAAGAAGAACUUCCAAGCUCCUAAAAUGCUUAAAUGGAGAGGAAAGAAUGCAUCAGUCACUAAAGGUUUUUAUGCUUGCUGAUAGAGACAUUAAUCUUAAAAUUCUUCAUCUUUUUUCCAAAGUUCUUGGAAAGAAACUUGCUUAAAUGUGCUACCUCAAUUUAGGAUUAUGCUUUAAUUUAGUUUUGUAUUC